CCGGCAGCACCGGGAGCGGGGCUCAGCGCAGCAGCGCAGCGGAGCCGAUGUCCAUGAGGAGCCCCGUGUCCCCACCGCCGGAGCUGGAUGGAGCGGGCGCCAUGGUGAACUGCGCCAUCAAGACGGAGGAGAAGAAGGAGGGCGGCCCCGAGACCCCGCCGGGGGCUGCCCCCAGUGCCGAGCCCCGGCCCCACGAGCCCCCGGGGCCACUGGCCAGGGAUGUCACCGACCCCCAGGCCCUGCCACAGGAAUCCUGCUCUCCCUCCAGGGACAUUCCCGAGCCCCGGCGCUCCGCCUUCGAGCCGGCCGGCAGCGGCCAGGAGAAGCUGGACUUCAACAGGAACCUGAAGGAAGUGAUGCCAACCAUCGAGAAGCUGCUGUCCAGUGACUGGAAGGAGCGGCUGCUGGGCCGGAACACGGCUGAAUCCAAGGAAGUGAAAGGAACCCAGGAGAGCCUGGCAGAGAAGGAGCUGCAGCUGCUGGUGAUGAUCAACCAGCUGUCCACGCUGCGGGACCAGCUGCUGACGGCGCACUCGGAGCAGAAGAACAUGGCCACCAUGCUCUUCGAGAAGCAGCAGCAGCAGAUGGAGCUGGCCCGGCAGCAGCAGGAGCAGAUCGCCAAGCAGCAGCAGCAGCUCAUCCAGCAGCAGCACAAAAUCAACCUCCUACAGCAGCAGAUCCAGCAGGUCAACAUGCCCUACGUGAUGAUCCCCGCCUUCACCCCCGGCCACCAGCCCCUCCCGGUCACCCCCGAGUCCCAGCUGGCGCUGCCCAUCCAGCCCAUCCCCUGCAAACCAGUGGAUUACCCGGUGCAGCUCCUGCACAGCCCCCCUCCUCCCACGCUGAAGAGACCCGCAGGCCCGGGCCACCUCCAGAUGCAGGAGACCUCGCAGCCGCUGAACCUGACGGCCAAACCCAAAGGCUCCGAGCUCCCCAGUGCCUCCAGUUCGCCCAGUUUGAAGAUGAGCGGCUGCCAGUCGCUGCCGCCGGGCCACGGGGCCAGCAGGGAGCUGCAGAGCAGCCCGUCCAGCCUCCCUCUGGGAUUCCUGGGAGAGGGCGAUGCCAUCACCAAAGCCAUCCACGACGCGCGGCAGCUGCUGCACGGCCACGGCGCCGCCAUGGAGGGGUCACUCAGCAGCCCCUACCGCAAGGAGCACGUUGGGAUCGAUUCCUCCCCGGUGAAGGAGCGGAUGGAGGAGACCCCCGGCCACCGGCUGGACGAGGCUCUGCUGAGCUGCGAGAUGGAUGGCUCCCGGCACUUCCCAGAGUCCAGGAACAACAACCACAUCAAGCGGCCCAUGAACGCCUUCAUGGUGUGGGCCAAGGACGAGCGGAGGAAGAUCCUGCAGGCCUUCCCAGACAUGCACAACUCCAGCAUCAGCAAGAUCCUGGGAUCCCGGUGGAAAUCCAUGUCCAACCAGGAGAAGCAGCCGUACUACGAGGAGCAGGCGCGGCUGAGCCGGCAGCACCUGGAGAAGUACCCGGAUUACAAAUACAAGCCGCGGCCCAAGCGCACCUGCAUCGUGGAGGGCAAGCGGCUGCGCGUGGGCGAGUACAAGGCGCUGAUGAGGAACCGGCGCCAGGACGCCAGGCAGGGAUACCUGAUAGGGCCGCAGGGCAGCCAGGUGCACCCCAGCUCCUCGGACGUGCUGUACCCGCGGCCGGUGGGCGUCCAGCUGCCCCCGCCCCUCCUGGAGCAUUACCUGCCCCGCGGCGUGGACCCCACCAUGCCCGUCAUCGUCAACACCCGCAGCCUCAAGGACGGUGACACCGGGGACGACGGGCACUCGGUGGCCGAGGGGGACAUGUACCGCUACAGCGAGGACGAGGACUCGGAGGGCGAGGACAAGAGUGACGGCGAGCUGGUGGUGCUGACGGACUGA